CCCUAAGUAAAAUAGGUAGUACCGAAACUCCACUGGUUUGCUGAAGAAUAAGAAAACGGAACAACUCCAAUUAUCUAUUGAAACCGCAAUGGAGAGCAAACCAUCUUUUGUACAUGUUUCAAACCACGAAGAUUACUCCACACCCGAGCGUGAGAGCACUGGAAUCGAAGAAAUCGACAAUGGUGAAUACUGGCCCCUUUCUGGCAAACCCUAUGUUGAUAUGAUUCUCACAAAAACUACUGUCAAGCCCCACUAUGGCAUGUAUUUACCGAGAAAAAUGAACAAAGAGCUACCUGCUGGUGGAGCCCCAGCAGUCCUUACUUGUGGUCGAAAGAAGUGGGAUAUGUUCUACUAUUCUAAUAACAAAUUUAGCGCUGAGUGGAAAAAAUUUGUGGAUGAUAACGAUCUGAAGGUGGGGGAUGGACUUGUGUUUGAACUUUCAGAGUGCAGCACUAGCAAAAUCCAUUUUAGAGUUCAGAUUCUGAGAGGUGAUUUCCCUUCUGAAUUGCUGCCUGAAGAUGAAGAGGGUGCAACUGAUGCCAACCCAAUUGAACUGUAGGAAGUUGUAGGCUGUUUACAAGUAUUUGAAACCAUAUUUAGACGAUUAUAUUUUCUUUGAGCAUAGUGUUACUGUUGAAGGGGAGCCUUGGAGUAACAAUAAAGUUAUCUUCGUGUGACCUAUAGGUCACGGGUUCGAGCCGUGGAAGCAGCCAAUAAUGCUUGCAUUAGAGUAGGUUGUCUACAUCGCACCCCUUGGGCGAACGCGGGAUGCCUUAUGCUGGGCUGCCCUAUAGUGUUACUGUUCUGUUUGGUUUAAAAGAAUGACUUACUAUUUGUUCAUGUGGAUCUGUUUUCUCUAUAUUGUGAUUGUUUGGUUAUCUUCUA